AGUUCGCACGCCAGCUUGCCCAUUCAUAGGCGAACGCCCGGAACCAACGCCCGCCAUGGAGGCAGACAGAGAUGGACCAGAAUCAGGCGUUCAAGAACGGGUUCGCCGCUCCCGUCAUCUUCUUCCUCAUCCUCUCUCUCGAGUUGCUCACUGCAAUUCUAAACUACCUCAAGAAGAGAGGAACGAGGAAUGCUAGGCAAAUACAGUUGAAACAAGAAAUAAAGCAACUUUUGAAAGAGGCAGGUUCAUUAUCAUCGCCUUCAACUUUUGCACAGGCUGCUAAACUCAGGAGGGCAGCAGCAGCAAAGGAGAAGGAACUCGCACAAUAUCAGGAAUCACGUUCAAAGGAUAAAAAGCAGUCACCAGAUUUCUACUUGGGUAAAAUCAAAAUUGUAAAGGGUGUAAUAUAUGUUGGACUAAUUUGGUGGUUCUGGAGCACCUCAGUUGCAGUCAUUCCUGCUCAUCUUUUGCAGCCUCUUGGAAAGCUGUUAUUCUGGGGUGGCGGUAAUGCAGCUGGCAAUACCAUUCGGGUUGGCAUAAUUCCGUGGUUGGUAGUAACAAACAGAGUGAGUGAAUUUGCCAUCCGCAAGUUGGCAGUGGUUGCCAUUGCACACCUAAAUCGUUCCCAAACAUCUUAGUUGCAAGAUUUAGGCUGUCUACAGUCUCAGGCGGCCCUCACCAUCGGGAGCAAUUCAGGAGCAGAGAUGCAUUUGCUAGUCUAUGCUUUAUCUACAAAACCUGCUCAUGUGUGCUUUAAAUUUUUUGAUUUUUUCAGAGAAAGAUAUAAUUUUGUUCAGUGUGAUAGGUAAGGUGUUCUAAAUGAGAACCUGUUCGCAUAUGGUUGUUGGUUUA